AUGCGCAUCGCUCACAUUGUUUGGGGAAUAUUUCAAAUUGGGGUAAUCCUCAAGCUGAGCUACAAUGAAGCUCAUGAAUUUAAGUGGACCAAUUUGGUUUGCGAGAGCCUCAACAAAUCGUGGGUUGUUAUACACAAUUGUCGCCUGCGAGCAGUUAAUCGGAAUAAAACAACUUUAAUUCUAAAUGGAACUAUCCUGCAUCCUGCCAACGAUAUUUUAGCCAAAGUGCAACUUUUAAAGAAAGAGAAUGGAUAUAAGCCAUGGCUCUACAGUGUGAACAUCGAUGUUUGCCGUUUCAUGAAGAAACCCUACAAUCCAGUUGCAAUACUUAUGUUCAAAAUGUUUAAAGAGUUUACCAACAUCAACCACGCAUGUCCCUUUAUAGGCCCACAAAUUGUGAAUGGAGCUUAUCUCAAUUUGAAGUUUUUGCCAAAUCUCUUGCCAUCAGGAGACUAUCAAGUGGCUACAAACUGGUAUUUUGAUAAGAGGCCACAAUUUCAAACAAAAGUCUACUUCACCUUCAAGGAGGAUUUGUAA